CCCCCACCUCCCGGCGCCGGCCCUCCCGCCCGCGCCCCCCACCCACCCCCCACCCCGAGUAGUGAGCGGCUCCGCGCAGGGUCCGGAGAGGCGGCGCGGCGGCGCCAGGUGGCGUUUAAACCAUGUUAAGGAGGAUUUUGCAGAGGACUCCUGGGAGAGUUGGCUCUCAAGGUUCUGAUUUAGAUUCAUCAGCAGCUCCUAUAAAUGCGGUGGAGGUCAAUAAUGAAAGCUCUUCAGAGGGUUUCAUCUGUCCAUUAUGUAUGAAACGAUGUAUAACCUCUAUUGAUUUGUCGGAGCAUUACCAGAAAGUACAUGCUGGAAAUGAAACAAGAGGACAGGAACUUCUUAAUGACUCCAGUGUUACUGGCUUCAUAUGUCCUCAAUGUAUGAAAUCUCAUGGAUCAGCUGAUGAACUUUUCAAACACUAUGAGGCAGUUCAUGAUGAUGGUCAUGGAGGAGAGGCUAAUCUUGCUUCAAAGCGAGAUGAUAUAACUCUACUCAGACAAGAAGUUCAAGACUUACAGGCUUCUCUUAAGGAAGAAAAAUGGUACUCAGAAGAAUUAAAGAAAGAAUUAGAAAAGCUUCAAGGGCUACAGCAGCAAGAGUCAAAACCUGAUGGAUUGGUCGCUGAUUCACCAGCAGAGCUGCAGUCUUUGGAACAGCAAUUAGAAGAAGCUCAAACAGAAAAUUUUAAUAUUAAGCAAAUGAAAGACUUAUUUGAACAGAAAGCAGCUCAACUUGCCACUGAAAUUGCAGAUAUAAAGUCAAAAUAUGAUGAAGAAAAGAGUCUACGAGAAGCCGCUGAACAAAAAGUGACACAUUUGACAGAAGAAUUAAAUAAAGAGGCAACUAUAAUUCGAGAUUUGAAGACUGAACUGCUUCAGAGACCAGGGAUAGAAGAUGUUGCUGUGCUAAAGAAAGAACUGGUUCAGGUUCAGACACUAAUGGACAACAUGACUUUGGAACGUGAGCGAGAAUCUGAAAAACUCAAAUAUGAGUGCAAAAAAUUACAAGCCCACUAUUCUGACUCAGAGGCCACAAUAAGCCAGCUAAGGAGUGAACUUGCCAAAGGUCCCCAGGAAGUUGCUGUAUAUGUGCAGGAACUGCAAAAGCUUAAAAGUUCAAUUAAUGAAUUGACACAAAAAAAUCAGAACUUGAGUGAAAAGUUGCUGAAGAAAGAACAAGAUUAUACCCAGUUGGAGGAGAAGCAUAAUGAAGAAUCUCUGAGUAAAAAGAAUAUGCAAGCAAACCUUCAUCAAAAAGACCUAGAUUGCCAACAGCUUCAAUCAAGAUUAUCUGCAUCAGAAACAUCACUACAGAGGAUACAGGCGGAGCUAGGUGAAAAGGGAGAAGCUACUCAGAAACUUAAAGAGGAAUUAUCAGAAGUAGAAACCAAGUACCAGCAUCUUAAGGCAGAAUUUAAACAGCUACAACAACAGAGAGAAGAAAAGGAACAGCAUGGGUUGCAGCUCCAAAGUGAGAUUAAUCAAUUACAUAACAAGCUUUUGGAGACAGAGCGCCAAUUAGGAGAAGCUCAUGGUCGACUGAAAGAACAGAGACAGCUUUCCAGUGAAAAGCUUAUGGAUAAAGAACAGCAAGUAGCUGAUCUUCAACUCAAGCUUUCUCGUUCAGAAGAACAGUUGAAGGAAAAAGUAACACAUUUCACCGAAUUACAGCAUCAGUUAGAGAAAACAAAGCAGCAGCAUCAAGAGCAACAGGGUCUUCAGCAAAGUACCACAGCAAAACUUCGAGAAGCACAGAAUGAUUUGGAACAAGUACUACGUCAAAUUGGUGAUAAGGAUCAAAAGAUACAGAAUCUUGAAGCUUUGUUACAGAAGAGUAAAGAAAAUACUUCCUUAUUAGAAAAGGAAAGAGAAGACCUUUAUGCAAAAAUUCAGGCUGGUGAAGGAGAAACUGCUGUUCUCAACCAGUUACAAGAGAAAAACCAUACAUUACAGGAACAGGUAACUCAACUAAUGGAGAAGCUGAAAAAUCAAUCAGAAAGCCAUAAACAAGCCCAGGAAAAUUUACAUGACCAGGUGCAGGAGCAGAAGGCACAUCUGAGAGCAGCACAAGACCGUGUCCUUUCCCUGGAAACUAGUUCCAAUGAAUUAAGCAGUCAGCUGAAUGAGAGCAAAGAGAAGGUCUCCCAGCUUGAAAUACAGAUUAAAGCCAAAACUGAAUUAUUAUUAUCAGCGGAAGCAGCAAAAACUGCGCAAAGAGCAGAUCUUCAAAAUCAUUUGGACACUGCCCAAAAUGCAUUACAAGAUAAACAGCAGGAGUUAAAUAAGAUCACUACUCAAUUAGAUCAGGUCACUACAAAGUUGCAGGAAAAGCAUGAACAUUGCAGUCAGCUGGAAAGUAAUCUUAAAGAACAUAAAGAGAAAUGUCUUUCUUUAGAGCAGAAGACUGAAGCUCUGGAAGGCCAAAUUAAGAAAUUAGAAGCUGAUACAAUUGAAAUUAAAGCAAACAAGGAGCAAGUUCUGCAGGAUUUGCAACAGCUAAGACAGUUAAAUACAGAUUUAGAGUUUAGAAGUACUGAAUUGAAUAAGCAACUUGAAAUGGAGAAAGAAAUAGUAUCCAAUACAAAGUUGGAUCUACAGAAAAAAUCUGAAGCUCUUGAAAAUAUUAAACAGAUGCUUUCAAAACAAGAAGAAGAAAAAAUAGUCCUUAAACAAGAAAUUGAAAAUUUAAAUCAAGCUGCAAAGAUACAACACAAGGAAUUGAAUAGCAGAAUUCAAACAGCAGCAACAGAACUAGAAAAAAUGAAGAUGGAGAAAGAAACUCUAAUGACCGAACUUUCUACAACAAAAGAGAAAUUAUCAAAAGUUUCUGAUUCUUUGAAAAACACCAAAAGUGAAUAUGAAAAGCAAAGUCAGAAAGGAAAAUCUGCUAUAUUAGAUUUGGAAAAGACAUGUAAAGAAUUAAAGUCUCAACUUCAAGUACAGACAGAAAGCACACUUAAGGUUCAAAAUGAACUGGAAAAGUCACUUGAAAAAGAGAAGGAGAUUUCUCAUCAGUUGAAGUUGGAACUCAGUUUAGUGCAGGAUCAGAUCAUACAGGCUCAGGAUUCAUUAAAGCAAAAGGAAAAAGAACAGCAGCAAUUUCAAGGGAACAUUAACGAGCUCAAACAACUGACUGAACAGAAGAAAAAGCAAAUUGAAGCACUACAAGGAGAAGUAAAGACUGCUCUGGCACAGAAGUCAGAGCUGGAGAAUAAACUGCAGCAGCAGUCAACACAAGCAUCGCAGGAACUUGCAGCGGAGAAAGAGAAGAUGGCAGCAUUACAGAACACCUAUGAAAAAACUCAAGAAAAUCUGAAACAGAUUCAAUCUGAUUUCUACGGGAAGGAAUCUGAACUUCUAGCCAUAAGGCAAGAUCUUAAGUCUGUAGAAGAGAAGCUUUCUCUGGCACAGGAGGACUUGAUUUCAAAUAGAAAUCAAAUUGGAAAUCAAAAUAAACUGAUCCAAGAACUGAAAACUGCCAAGGCUACUUUGGAGCAGGAUUCAUCAAAGAAAGAACAGCUAUUGAAGGAACAGUGUAAAGCUUUACAGGAUACUCAAAAAGAAAAGUCACUGAAAGAAAAAGAACUACUGAAUGAAAAAUCUAAAUUGGCAGAGAUAGAGGAAAUUAAGUGUAGACAAGAAAAAGAAAUUUCUAAAUUGGUUGAAGAACUUAAGUCCCACAAGCAAGAAAGCAUAAAGGAGGUAACAAAUCUCAAGGAUGCCAAACAGCUCCUAAUUCAGCAGAAAUUAGAGCUUCAAGGAAAGUUAGAUUCCCUAAAAGCAACUCUUGAACAAGAGAAGAAAAACCAACAAAUGCUAAAAGAACAGAUGAAAAAAGAAGAAGAAGAACUGAAGAAAGAAUUUAUUGAGAAGGAAACUAAAUUGCAUUCUGAAAUAAAGGAAAAAGAAAUAGGAAUGAAGAAGCAUGAAGAAAGUGAAGCUAAACUUACCAUGCAGAUUACAGCUUUAAAUGAAAAUUUAGGCACUGUAAAGAAAGAGUGGCAGGCUAGUCAGCGCCGGGUUAGUGAGCUCGAGAAACAGACGGAUGACUUGCGGGGUGAAAUUGCGGUACUAGAAGCAACGGUUCAGAAUAAUCAAGAUGAAAGGAGAGCACUAUUAGAAAGAUGUAUUAAAGGAGAAGGGGAAAUAGAAAAGCUUCAAACGAAAGUGCUGGAACUGCAGAGGAAGCUGGAUAAUACAACUGCAGCCGUGCAGGAGCUGGGCAGAGAAAAUCAGUCACUUCAGAUCAAAUAUACACAAGCAUUGAAUAGAAAGUGGGCUGAAGACAAUGAAGUACAAAACUGUAUGUCCUGUGGGAAAGGCUUUUCAGUGACAGUGAGACGGCAUCACUGCAGACAGUGUGGGAAUAUCUUCUGUGCUGAAUGUUCAGCUAAAAAUGCCUUAACUCCUUCUUCCAAGAAGCCUGUUCGUGUCUGUGAUACAUGUUUCAAUGAUUUGCAAGGGUAAUGAGUUAUCACAAUUUCAAAGUAAUAUUAUAUAAAUAAUAGAUUUUUAAUAAAAACCCUUAGUAGUGGUCUUGGACUAAUCUUUGAUUUGGACAGUGGUUACAAUACUAUACCAAAUUAGAAUUAAUAUAUUUUGGAAUGUUAUAUCAGGUAAAACUCUUCUAUUUUUGUGAGACUUGGGCUUAUCUUUCAUUACUUUUCCCCAUUUAACCUCUGGAACAGUUUUCACACCAAGUUUAGAAUUAGCCAAUGAAUUGUAAAUAAACUUUGGACAAAAAAUAGCAAUGUAUUUUUUUAAAUAUAAUUUCAUUGUUCACAAAUAACAUAAAUACAUUUCUAUAGCUUCUUUCUCCCAAAUUUAAUGUACAAAAAUGCAUAUGGUUGAUGUUAUCACGUAAUAUAUGUUGCACAAUAAUACAUUAAUUAUAUUAAAUAUUCUCUUUGUGAAGUCAUGCACAGAACCAUGAAACAUUUUCUCUUAACUAUAGCUCAGUUAUAUUGUUAUGUUACAAAUUUACAUAUGCUGGGUGUUCUAAACACAUUUUAUAGAGGAUUAUGUAUUAACCAUGACUUGAACAUGGUUAUCUUUUUAAUAGUACUCAUCAAAUUCUCUUGAGAGAUUUCAUGAAAACCUCUGAAAAACUAGUUUCCUUACAUUAUGGCUAUCCUGGGCUUAUAUUUUUAAAGGUUUGUGUUCAGCUUUUCUUUUUCUCAUUCUAUCUAAUUUUAAAUACAUAUUUUUUUAUUAAGAAUCCCAUAAAACUUCACCCAUCUCUCCAGUUGGGGGAUGAGUAACAGAAACUGUGUAAUGAUCGUAUUUUCAGUUUCUUGUAAGUGGGAUAUCUCCUGGUAUUAGCUUUAAUAUUAUUCCUUUAUUUUGUUUCUUCAGCAUCUUUAGGCAUCUGAAUUUUUUAAAAAUCAAUUUGCACUUUUAUUUGAUUUAGGCUUCUCAAGCAUAGUUCAGCUUCUCAGUAAUUUCUUUGUUUGCAUCCUAAAGAGAGUAACUAAUAGUACUAUAGUCUUACCUGUGAGAACAAGUAAAAAAUGAUGACGAGACAUUAAGUAUUAUACUUUAUAUUUCAGUCUUGAUCUACAAGGGAAGAAUUUAAGUUAUGGAUUUGAAAUUUAAAUGUUUCUAAAUUUGGGGUUACAUAUCUUUUACUUGCAAACAUAAGCUUUGAAAUUACUUACAAACAAUAGCUGGAGAAUAGAGUAUCACCAAAAACAAAUGUAUUUAGAAAUCCUAAAGUUAAAUUAGAAGUGAAACAGAAUAGCUAAUUAAAGAUUAUUUUAAAUGAUCUCAUUUGCAUGCUAAGCAGUAAAAUUGAACUUUUUCAAUUUUAUUUGGAAAAUAAUCAUCUGAACAGAUUAAAUCAAUAUUGUCUCUUUCUGGAGAAGAAAUGUGUAGUUGGUAUAUUUCUGUUAGCACGGUCAUUUGGUAAUAUUAGCAGGGAAGGAUGGAAGUUAAUAUUUCAUUUAUAGUAGACUUUAUUUAAAACAUUGCUGAAAUGAAGUCAUUUUUAUGCUCUAAAUAUAUAUAUAUAUAAAGUAUAAGAUUGCCACAUUCAUUUAUCAUGAAAAAAUACUAAGUAAAAUUUGUUGUCAGUAGCUAUUGAAGACACUGAUUAAGACCCUGAAUUUGAAUAAUAAACAUAUAUUCUUGAGCAUAUGUUAUUGAGAAAACAUAAUAGCUCUUAAUUUAAAAUGAUAGUUGGGUACUAUAAAUUAAGCUACUGUUAGACAUUUUCAUAUCUUUAAAGAUUAUUUCAAUUAAUCACCUCUAUUUUUACAUAUAAGUAACUUAAGCACAUAAGUUAGAAAAGUAUAUUUACAGCACUAUAGCACUGUCCUCCCGUUGUUCAUCGAUUUGCUCAAGCGGGCACCAGUAACCUCUCACAACAAAUUGUGAGACUUGUUGUUACUGUUUUUGGCAUAUCGAAUACAUCACGGGGAGCUUGCCAGGCUUUGCCGUGUGGGCAGGAUACUCUCGGUAGCUUGCCGGGCUCUCCGAGAGGGGCAGACAAAUCGAACCCGGGUGGACUGUGUGCAAGGCAAACGCCCUGUCCACUGUGCCAUCACUCCAGCCCACACAUUACUAACACAGUCACUUAAUCUCCUGGUGGUGCUCAGUAGAACCUCGUGUGGUGCCAGGGAUUGAACCUGGGUCGGCCAUGUGCAAGGAGAGCGCCCUCCCUGCUGUAUUAUCUCUCUGGCCCACACACCCUUUGCGGCACCUCCCUGGCCCUUGGUAUUUCCUGAUGCUCCCAAUCUGCCUGAGCUGGGAUCUGUCUAGAAGAACUCUUUACAUCCCUGAGACAGUUUCACGCCAACACUCUGCACCACAUCACCUCCUCCAAGAAGUCCACCCUGACCAGACUAUCUCACUGCUACCACUGCUGGCUGGCCCUCUCUCCUCAGGAGGGCACUCAAAGCCUGUGGGAUGCAGCCUAGGCCCUGGGGCACAUGCCUCACCCAGCGCUCCCUGUCAAGUGGAGACUGUACAGUAAGUGGAACCCAGCCCAACAGAAUGAGGGCCAGGUUUCCUGUACCUGCAGAAAAUUACUGUUUGGGAUGUUUUGGUAGGAAUGUUUGAAAAAAGUUUCCCGUAAGAUUUAACAGUAAUGCAUACCAUCCAAAAGGACAGAAAGAAUAGUAGGGACUGCCUGCCACAGAGGCUGGGGGUGGGAGAGGGAUACUGGGAACAUUGGAGGUGGGGAAUAGGCACUGGUGGAGGAGUGGGUACCUGAACAUUGUUAGACUGAAACGCAAUCAUGAAAGUCUGUAAGUCUGUAAGUGUAUCUCAUGGUGAUAUUUACAGCAUUUUUAUUAUUUUAAAAUAUAAUGAAGCAUCAGAAUUUUUCUGGAAAUGAUUCUUCUCUUCAUCUCCUAAUUGGAUGCACUAAUGUCCUUUCUUUUGUUCUAAUUCCCUGCCCACAUACUCACCAAGAAAAUUGUAAAACCACAGACAAAUCAUAUGUGUUAGGGCGAUUUUUUUCUAGUUUUUGUCUAUCUCAUUUUACAGCCCUCCCUCUAUCUGCCUCUCCCACUCCUCUGUCCACCCCCCACCCCAUUUACCAUAGGUCAUACUGAUAAUAUUAGAAACCUCAGUUUUACUAUUAACUCUCACUAAUUUAAGAUGUUUUGGAAACAAAAGUUAAAGGGUUUUCAUAUCUCUUAAUUUUAAAAAAGUCAUACUCUAAGCCCUUAUUGGCGCUACAUUUUAGAUAUCUGCUGGUUGUAUUAUUCCAUCUGUGAUUGGAAUUGGCAUACAUAGAGAACCAGCUCUUGACUCCAAUAAUGCAAAGUGUAUUGGCAUCACAUAGUAAAUUCCAAGCCCCAGCAGGGUGAGUUUCAUUCAGAUCUUGCUGGGUCAGUGUGUAACUAAGUAUACUUGCAUAAUUUUAAAAAAAUAGAGUACAAUGCUGCUGGUCUAAGAAUUGUUCAUUUGGAAAAAUGAGGGGGGAAAAACACAAACACCUCAAUGCAGUGUACAAAUAACAUUUUGUUCAACUACCUCUUAAUGUGGAAUUAGCUAGUUUAAUAGUUUCCUCAUGGUAAUGUUAAAUAGUAACUGCCAAAUUUGCUAGUUUCCCAUCUCUCUCUCUCUCUCUAAAAGGCUUUAUGAUAUUAUUUUGUAGUAUCAAGAACCUUAAAGUCCCCUUUUAUAAACUUGCAUAAAAUGUUUAGCUUUUAAGUGGAGAUCAAAUUAUGAUUUUAUAUUUUGGUAUUCAUCAAAUAUUUGACUAUAGCUUUUUUUUAAAAAAUGCACUUUGGCUUAUAAAACCAUGGAUGAUUUGAUCCAUAUAUUUAAAUGUGCCAUUGAUCUAUAUUCCUAGACAUGAGCUUGAUGAAUGAUACUCUGUAAUUAUAAUGUGCCACAGGUUAUUGUGUCUUAAUUGCCCUUUGCCUGAAUUUUAAUGAUUGGUUUGUUAUUGUUACAGAUGUUAAUAUUGUGCAUAAACUUACUAAAUUUAUGUAAAAUUGUAUAAAAUAGAAUUGGGUAUAGUUAAGCUUUUUCUGUGUAGCAGUAAUGAUUGUAACAUGAUGCUGAUAUGUGUAUGACAUUCUCUCCUUCCAUGAACUGGAUCAUAUAUAUUCAUAGUUUCCGUAGAUACUUUUGCAUGAAUAUUUUCUCAGUUUUUAGUUUCUUAUUUGUAUUGUGUUUACUACUUGUGAUAUGUAGUUGUGCCUUAUUUUGUGAGAAAGGUUAGCUCAGUAAAUACUGUAAUUUCUAAAUGCAGUAAUUGAAGGUUUAUUGAUUAUAAUGUAACUGCUAAAUUACACGACAGCAUUUACAUGUAUAAAGAAAAAUGGAAGGAUCCUUAUUAAAUUGUUGCUUUUGUUUUUUAAAAUAUGUCAAAGAUUAAAAACCCAUUUCUUUCUAAUAGA